AUGCGUCCACCGCUUCACGUUUUUAUGGAGAAUCCUGCUCUACUUCCUGCUUUCACGGGCCAUAUUUUACCCAUAGUCAUGAAACUUCAGCACUACGGCGCCGUGGGCAGCUUGGAGAUUACAAUCUCUGACGUGGUCGGUCAUGAAAAUGCGAAGGAAGCGUUGUUGCGGUGGGCGCAACGGACGACGGAGAAAUACCCAGGCGUACGUGUCACGGACUUCACGAGAUCUUGGCGAGAUGGUUUGGCAUUCAAUGCCAUCAUUCAUCGACAUAGACCCGACUUGAUCCAAUGGAAUUCGCUGAAAAACCGAAGUGCUCGCGAGCGACUGGACAGUGCCUUCAACAUCGCCGAGAAAGAAUACUCUGUCACGAGGCUACUGGAUCCUGAAGUCAGUGGUCUCUAUUGCCAGACCAUCUUCCUGGCUGGAGUUGUCCACCUAGUGGACCUUUCCCGCCGAGGGCCCGAACGAGAAGAGUGUCGUAAUGUUGGAACGCGAGGUCGUUUGAAGCUGGACCCGCGGCUAGAUGGUAGCGCUGAGUGA